UUCUCAACGGAAAACAAGACCUAGAGAGUAGUGACCAACCCUCCUCGGAUUACUCUGCACUGGCUCCUCCCUUUCUUCCCCCCUCCCCACCUCCAGAUUUGCAUAAAAAAGGCCAAGAAAACUCUGGCUGGGCCCCAGCAGUGGCUCACUCUGCUCCCCCGGGUCGGAGCCCCCCGGAGCUGAGCUCGGGCUUGCAGCGCGAAGCUGAGUGGAGAGCUUCUCGCCCGCACAGUCCUCCCGGCGCCCGGCGUCUCGGCCGCCCGCUUUCCAGGCCCCCCGAACCGCCCAGAGCAGAGCGAGCGAGCCGGGACGAACUCCGCCCCGGCUGCCUCCCGCUUCCCCGGCUCCGCUCUCCGCCCCCCGGGGGUCGCGCGCCCACGAUGCCGCAGGGCCCUGGCUCGCUGCUGCUGCUCGUCCUCGCCUCGCACUGCUGCUUGGGCUCCGCGCGCGGGCUCUUCUUCGGCCAGCCCGACUUCUCCUACAAGCGCAGCAACUGCAAGCCCAUCCCGGCCAACCUGCAGCUGUGCCACGGCAUAGAGUACCAGAACAUGCGGCUGCCCAACCUGCUGGGCCACGAGACCAUGAAGGAGGUGCUGGAGCAGGCGGGCGCCUGGAUCCCGCUGGUCAUGAAGCAGUGCCACCCAGACACCAAGAAGUUCCUGUGCUCGCUCUUCGCCCCGGUCUGCCUCGAUGACCUGGACGAAACCAUCCAACCGUGCCACUCUCUCUGCGUGCAGGUGAAGGACCGCUGCGCUCCAGUCAUGUCCGCCUUCGGCUUCCCCUGGCCAGACAUGCUCGAGUGCGACCGUUUCCCCCAGGACAACGACCUCUGCAUCCCCCUCGCGAGCAGCGACCACCUCCUGCCGGCCACCGAGGAAGCUCCAAAGGUAUGUGAAGCCUGCAAAAAUAAAAAUGAGGAUGACAACGACAUAAUGGAAACUCUUUGUAAAAAUGAUUUUGCACUGAAAAUAAAAGUGAAGGAGAUAACCUACAUCAACAGAGAUACCAAAAUCAUCCUGGAGACCAAGAGCAAGACCAUUUACAAGCUGAAUGGUGUGUCUGAAAGGGACCUGAAGAAGUCGGUGCUGUGGCUCAAAGACAGCUUGCAGUGCACCUGCGAGGAGAUGAAUGACAUCAACGCGCCCUAUCUGGUCAUGGGACAGAAGCUGGGUGGGGAGCUGGUGAUCACCUCAGUGAAGCGGUGGCAGAAGGGGCAGAGAGAGUUCAAGCGCAUCUCCCGCAGCAUCCGCAAGCUGCAGUGCUAGUUUGCCCCCAGGCCAGCUCCAGGGCUAGGCUGACCAUCUCCGCUCUGGGUCCUCAGCUCUCAUUCCCCAAGCACAGGCUCUUGCAGCUCCAGCCCCCGCCUGGAGCGGCUUCCCUCGCCUUUUGCACGUUUGCACCCCCAGCAUCUCCUGAGUUAUAAGGCCUUAGGAGGCCUCGGGAAGGGGUAGCUGUUUUCACAUAAAGGAAAACCCCACCCAGAUCAUGUAGAAAUGUUUAAACUAAUAAAAUCAUGAAUAUUUUUAUGAAGUUUUUAAAUAGCUCGCUUUAGUGUUGAAUAGCUACAACCGUGACUUGGGUCUGAUAUUUUUGGUUUUCUGUUUGGUUUGGGUCAGCUGUUUUUCACUUUCUGCUAAGGUUGCCAUAACGUGCAAAUAGCUUCAUUUUUCAAUGUGGCCCAAACUGUUGUGGGUCACAAACCUCGUUGAGAUAAAGCUGGCUGUUAUCUCAACAUGUCUCGGCUCCAGCCUGAGACUCAGAGCCUAAGUCUUAAAAUUCACUUGUCAUUUCACAACCUCAUUGGGAACUUACAGCAGUAGCAUGUUAUUACAUUUCCAGGUAGAGUACUUCCAUUUAUAAAGAGCACAUUAACCAUCACAGCACGAGUUCUUCAAAUAAAGGGCAAACAGACAGAUUUCAUAAUUGACCUGAGUACUUUAAGCUUUGUUUAAAACAUUUUUUACUUAAUUUUGCAAAUUCAACCAUUGUAGCUUACCUGUAAUAUACAUAGUAGUUGACCUUAAAAAGUUGUAAAAAUAUUGCUUUAACCAACACUGUAAAUAUUUCAGAUAAACAUUAUAUUCUUGUAUAUAAACUUUACAUCCUGUUUUACCUAC